UCUUCUUAUUGUUAGAAGAAUAAAUAAUUUUAGCAUCGAAUAAUGAAAAAUAAAAGCCAAAAUACGUUGCAAUUUGGAUAGGUUACCAUAUUUGAGCCUAAGAAUUUAAAAUUUCAGUUACAGUGGGUGAAUUGCAAAGUGAGCAAAGUCAAAAUAAUUAAAGUUGUUAUUACAUAAAGCUGUUAGAUGCAAGGUCUAAUUUUAUGAGGUAAAUUUUUAUUUUCUCAUUUCUAACCAUGGAUCAAAUUUAUUGAGAAUUUUCGUUAAAAAAGUCCAAUCAAACAACCGAUACCUGAUGCCCACACUGUUAACAAUGUUUGGAAUUCUACAACACUUCUACAAGACGUCUUCAAUACAAGUGUAAGUUUCUAGUCAGAAGCAACAAGCAGAAGAAGAAAUCUCUCAACUCUAAAAGAAGGGUUUUAUUUCAUUAUAGGAAAUUCAGCAAUCUCCAUUUAUCACGAUCCUCGAUUUAACGAAAAUGAAGAUACAUAUUGGUGCUCCUCUCCUCACUCUAGCGAUUUUCUUCAGUUUCAUUGAAUUAAGUUCCCAGUACAAUACAACACUUCUUAAGCCUGACACAGUGGCUCUUUCAGAUCAACUGAAUAUUUUUUUCACUAUAACCAAUAAUUUAGAUAUACUGAUAAGUGACGGGCACAAUCAAAACAUUUACGGGUUAAGAGACGAUGCGCAGAAUAUCAUGGUUUGCGCAUUAGAAAAAUAUGGGGAUGAUUAUUGGGUGCGUGCAUUAAAGAGAGACGGCAAACAAAUUAAGUUGACUGGGGGCAAUCCUUAUGAGUGGAUUCAAGAUGACACAGAUUAUUAUAAACUCGAUUUUGACAAAGUGCUUAAGUAAAAGAAUAUUUAAGAUUUCUGGCUGCACAUCUUUUUUUAUGUCGACACCCGCCCUAGCUCAAGGAGAAAUCAAUAUUUUUUCCCCCACUGUGAUUUAUAGUAGUAAAAAAGGAUACAUUGGUUUGUUAGUUACCGGAUUACUGGUUACACGGAAAGAAUUUUGGCACAAAAGCAGCGCCGCCUACUGUAAAACAUUUAAACGUAGGCUUGACACAGUUGUUAUACCGAUUUAGGCGCAGCGGACGCCCCAAACAAGUUCUCCCAAAUAAGGCUCUGCUUGACGCAUGCGCAAUAGUGCACCGAACCAUCUUCGGGAGCAUUUAGGUAAACGGCACAGCAAGUAAGCCAAACGAAUGAACAGAAGUCGACUCGACGAUUAGCACAGCUGGUGUGCUAGUAAACAACUGCUGUCGAGAAAUUCUUUCCGUGCGCUAGUUCUUGAUUUUUUGUUUAAAUAAUAACAUUCCGACAUUAUUUGGUAUUAUUUUUCUUCUAAAUUCCUUUUCUAUUCUCAAGUUAAAAAUGUUCUAUAAUUUGGUGUGUAGUGCGCAAUGAAUUUCUGAUGUAACUUUUAACUCUACCAAACUUAUUUAAAAUUAAGCAAUAAAACAUAAGUUCAUUAAAACAUAAAAA